AUGGAUUCAUCACUUAAUGUCAUCGAGGUAUCACGAGUCACUCCUUCUGACUCGUCCAAGUCACUAACUCUCCCGCUCACCUUCUUCGAUCUUCUCUGGUUCAAACUCCACCCCGUCGAACGAGUCUUUCUCUACAGACUCACCGACGCAACUCGUCCUUUCUUCGACUCAGUCAUCGUCCCUAAUCUCAAGUCAUCUCUCUCCUCAACGCUCUCUCACUACCUCCCACUCGCCGGCCAACUCGUCUGGGACUCUAUCGAUCAAAAGCCUAGCAUCGUCUACACCCCAAACGAUGCCGUUUCGUUCACCGUCGCCGAGUCAAACGCUGAUUUAUCAUGGUUAACCGGGAACAAACCGUUCCCCACCGCCGAGUUGUACCCAUUAGUGCCUGAGUUAAGCAACUCUGAUGACUCGGCCACCGCCGUGUCGUUUCAAGUCACGCUUUUUCCAAACCAAGGGUUUUGCAUCGGCGUUAACGCACACCACGGCGUUUUAGAUGGAAAAACGACGACCAACUUUCUCAAAUCCUGGGCCCACACAUGUAAACGCCAUCAGGAGGAACAAGAGCAAACUGCAAACGCUUCCCUACCGCAGGAUCUAAUCCCAGUUUACGAUCGUACGGUUAUAAAAUCCCCGGAGGAUAUGGAGACGGUGAUUUUGAACAAGUGGCAGUCUUUACUCAAAUUCUUUUCCGGCGGCAAAGAACCAGACAACCCCAAGAGCUUGAAACUCCUUCCGUCGCCGGCGAUUAAUCCCGACGUCGUCCGAUUCACACUCGAACUCACUCGAGAAGACAUCCAAACGCUUCGUGAGCGGCUCAAGAGAGAAUCUUCUUCCUCCUCGUCACCGAAGGAGCUUCGAUUGUCGACGUUUGUGGUUAUUUACUCUUACGUAUUAACUUGCAUAAUCAGAGCUCGAGGCGGAGAUCCUAAUAGACCAAUCGGGUACGGAUUCGCGGUGGAUUGUCGAAGCCUCAUGGAUCCGCCGAUGCCGUCCAAUUAUUUCGGGAAUUGCGUCUCUGCUGCGUUUAAAAUGCCGAUGACGGCGGAGUUGGUUAUGGGUGAAGAAGGGUUUUUGGUGGCGGCGAGAAUGGUCAGCGAUUUGGUUGAGGGAUUGGACGAGAGUGUGCCGUUUAAGAUCCCGGAGCUUUUGGAUGCGUUUACGACUAUUCCACCGGGAUCACAGGUUCUGUCUGUUGCCGGGUCAACCCGAUUCGGAGUUUACGGGUUGGAUUUCGGGUGGGGAAAUCCCGAGAGGGUUGUGAUUGUGUCGAUCGAUCAAGGCGAAGCGAUUUCUAUGGCGGAGAGUAGAGAUGGAAAUGGCGGUGUGGAGAUUGGCUUCUCGCUCAAGAAACAUGAAAUGGAGGUUUUGAUUGAUUUGCUUCAUGCAGGAUUAAAAAAUUAA